UUGUCGUUUGUUUACAUAUUGACGAUGAAGUUUUGACGUGUGCUUUCGCUUGUCUGUCUACGAUCUUCUUCACGUUUACGUAUAUACCAACAAUGAAAAAUGAGCUGAUUUAGCAGAUGUGAAGCAGGGUGCAGAAAUGCCUGGGGCUGGUCCCAAGAGUUACCCUUGCAUUUUGUGCAAUAAAAGGACAAAGCCUGGGGAUCGGCGACCUGUUUCUUCAAAUAGAAAGUAUACAGAUUUCCUUAAAAAGAACUACCUUGUAGAGGUUACACUAGAUGAUGUUUCUUGUAGCAAGUGUUACAGAAAAUACACCAGAUCUGUUUCCCUAUCUGAUAACAGCAACAUUUCAAGUCAGUUUCCAUCACAGCAUGAGGGUCAAGACCCAACCUAUCAACCACCAAAGAAACGUAAAACAAUGCAAACGUUACAGAGUCCUAAAAACAUUAUUUUACCUAUUGCUGCAUCAGGAAAUAGUCAUUCAACUUGCGUUGUAUGUAAAAGAAGGGGACCAAAGUUAGUGACUGUAUCUCUAGAAUCACGUUAUAGACUUUUCGUGGAGAAAGGACACCUUAUCAUUUCUGGAACAAGAUGCUGUCCCAAUCAUCUUAAUUCUGAUGGCUACUUUUCAACAGAAGCAAAAGGUGUAAUCAAAGAUGCUGACAAUGCAAAAUCUUGCUUUAAUCGUACUGAGAUUUUCAGUUUGAUUGACAAUGUUCGUGCCAUAGCAAUAAGAAAUGAACAGAAGAGGAUUGACUUUGAUGACCCAAAUUCUUUAACUGAUGGGGACUACGUUAGCCUGACUGGCCUAUCUAAAAAUGACUUUGAGGAUCUAAGCCAGUAUAUCUCUACCGUGAAGUCAUCUAAGAAUAGGACAAGCCGAACCUGCCUAUCAGUACUGCUAGUCAAACUUCGCACAGGAUUAUCCAAUAGACUGAUGUCAACCAUGUUUAACAUUGGGAAAUCAGCGAUAAGACGGGCCAUACAUUCAGCACGAGAGGCACUGUGUGUUAAUUUUGUACCAAAAUUUCUUGGAUUCCAGCACAUAUCCAGAGAAAAGGUUAUCAGUAAACAUACCCGUCCAUUAGCACAAGAGCUAUUUGGAAAUUUUAGCAAUCCUCCAGCUAUCUUAGUAAUAGAUGGAACAUAUAUAUACAUCCAGAAGAGUGGGAACUUCCAGUUUCAGCGGCGUAGUUACAACACUUAUAAGAACCGACCUCUAGUCAAGCCAAUGGUGUAUGUGACUACAACAGGCUAUAUUGUGUCUGUCAUGGGUCCUUAUUUAUCUGAUUCCAAGAAUAAUGAUGCUGGGAUUAUUAAACAUGCAGUACAAGGAAAUAUGGAAAACAUGAUGAACUGGUUAACAGAAGAAGACAUCAUUGUUGUUGACAGAGGAUUCAGAGAUGCAGUAGAAAUGCUUCAAGACCUAGGAAUUAAGUCUGAGAUGCCAGUGUUUUUACCUAAAGGUCAAAAGCAGUAUACUACAGUAGAGGCAAACACAUCACGGCUUGUCACAAAGGUACGUUGGGUGGUAGAGUCUGUGAACGGCCGGAUUAAACAAUGGAAAUAUCUUUCCAACAUUGUACCCAACACACAGAUUCCCUAUAUUGGAGACUUUGUCCGCAUAGUUGCAGCGUUAUGCAAUAAGUACAGACCUCCAUUGAACAGUGCAGACCAUGAUGCUGAUCAGAUCCUAGCUGCUAAAAUGAGAGUACUGGCAAAGGACAAGAACAGUUUGCAGGAACGAGUUAGAGAAGAAAGUCUAGACAGAAGAACAGCAUCAUGGAAAAGAUUAGAGGCAGAUGAUGCAGUGGUUGAUUUCCCUUCCUUAUCUGAGGAUGACCUGCGUAACAUCACUUUGGGUGUUUACCAGCUAAAGAUGGCCCGCAGCUACACCCAUGAACACUUAGAAAAUGGUGAUUAUACAUUAAUGGUUGAUGAGAGUAUCUCCGGUAUCAUUCGUGUGUCUAUUCAAAGUCGUCACAUCUCUGCCAAAAAAUAUUUGCUGUGGGUUGAGUAUGACCAGGUACUUGUUAAGUCUUGGUAUUGCCAAUGUCGAGCUGGAUCACGUGUUGUUGGAGCUUGUGCCCAUGUAUCUUCUGUACUGUGGUAUCUCGGGUAUGCUAGACACCUUGAUAAAAUCUCUGGGGUGAGAAAUUGGACAGAAUUUCUUGCUGAUGCUGCAGUCCCUGUUCUGAUGGAUGAUUCUGAUGGAGAAAGUGAACCAGAGGAGUGAACUGACUGAUUUACAUCUAGUUUUGUGACACCAGUAUAUUAGAUUGAAGUUGAAAUGUAGACCGGUCAUGUAUAAAGAAAUAUGUUAUAUAUCAAUGUCCUUAAACUAAUCAAAAAAAUUGAAAGACUCUUCUUUGUUCAUGUUAUAUACUAGUUGUAAUUUGUAACAUCUCUGUGGAAACCCUCAGCUUUAUAAUUUGAAAAAUCUGUCACAUCCGUCUCCAUUCAGAUAAUGUUUGAUAUGUUAUCAAAUAUCAUACUAGAAUAUCUAUAUCUCAGGAGAUGAACUUUAUAAUCUUUAUAAAAGCAUGCAUGUGUUAUUUAGAAUUGAGUACCAAGAAUUUAUUACUAUUUCGCAUGUUCUUUAUUUAGAUCUACAAGGGUAUUAAUCAUUUUGUCAAAGCGAAAUGAUGUAGCUAUGUUCAAGUGAUAUGUAAAUAGUUAAAUUAGACAUUAUGUAUUAAAUAAUAUAAUUUCCACAGGUUUUCUUGUCAUAAUAUUGCUACUGUUCGCUUAAAAUGCAUGUACCAGAUAGUUUAUAUAGGGUUUAAACACUAGAUUAUGGAGCAGUGUGUGUGUUCAUAUGUUAGUGUUUGGUGCACAAGAGUAAAUCAAUCUGAUACAGUGUAUUUGUUUAUUUGAAAGUGCAAAGACUAUGUAAAAAUGGUUUUAACUAUGUAUGUCAGAUGUGUAAGUAGUAAUUGGAGAGUCUAAAAAUUGAGAAUGAGUACUGUAAAGAUGACAGGGAUUCAUAUACCUUUAUACCAGUACUGUUUUAUUAUAACACUAAAGCUUGAUACUGUCACAUCCUAUCAAUGAAUAAUUUUGUUUAGUAUGAGUGAAUGUGAAGGACUCUAUUAUUAUGGUAUUAGUGAAUGUGAAGGACUGUUAUUAUAGUAUGUGUGAAUGUGAAGGACUCUUUUGUUAUAUUAUGAGUGAAUGUGAAGGACUCUAUUAUUAUAGUAUGUGUGAAUGUGAAGGACUCUUUUGUUAUAUUAUGAGUCAAUGUGAAGGACUCUAUUAUUAUAGUAUUGGUGAAUGUGAAGGACUCUAUUAUUAUAUUAUGAGUGAAUGUGAAUGGCUCUAUUAUUAUAUUAUGAGUGAAUGUGAAGGACUCUUUUGUUACAUUAUGAGUGAAUGUGAUCUAGAUUUGUUAUAGUGAUGUUUCUGUGGUAUUGGAUAGAAUGAAAUAUUUAUACUAAGUGUUUUAUAGACAGUUACGGUCUCAAAUUAAAAUGUUUGUGUAAUGUUGUAUAACUUGUUUGUAAUAUUUCUUUUCUCUUUCAUAAUGCAAAGUUCAUUCAAGCUCAGUUGUGCAUGCAACAGGUAAUGGUAAAAUACAGUUAAAUUAAAUGUAUACAUAAAAAUAUGUUUCAUCCAACAUUGUUGGUGUUCAGCAGGUUGAACAAACUUUGCAUUUUAAUUCACAUGGAACUGAUCAGGCUGUGUAUUGAAACAGUACAUGUAUUUCUGCUGUCACAGAUAAACUAGUAGCAGAAUUAAAGCAAAGAGGGUUAAUUUCAACAAUUAAUAUUUCAAACAUGGGUCAUACAUUGAACCUGAUUUCUGUAUUUGGUGGUAACAUAUCUGCCAGUCUGUUCUAAAAGAAUGAUAAAUCCACAGUUAUCAUAAAAAAGCACACUGCGUAUUGCUUAAGCAACACAUGUCCCCUAAGGCUCUUCUAGAAACAGUAACAGUGACCUUGAUACAAAAGCUCUGGAAUUGAAAUUGGAUGAUACAUUAUGGUUUCAUAUAUCACUGUGUGAAGUUUGAUCAAAAUCCCUAAAGGAGUGAAGUCACUAGAGUGCUGACUGACUUUAGCAUUAUGACAUAUACAGUUGAAUACAUAUAUGCAUGUCUGUAUAAGAUGGGCUGACAGAAAAUCUAGUCUCCCAGGUUUCUCUGGUAGGGUUUAUACUUUUAAUUAAGCUGUAUUAUGGAUAAGGAUAAUAAGGGUAUUAACAAAGAGAUCAUAGUUAGUCAAAUUAAGAUUCUUGUAACAUUCAAACAUUUAUCUCUCCAUUUCAUUGAAAUUUUCUUGCUGUUGCUAUGGAGAAAAAAUGGUUGCUAUG